CAGCAGCGUAUCUAGAUGCGACACAACAAAGGCAGAUUAUGACUGCUCAAGUGAUCGGAACGAGCGUUCCCAACGAAUAUUUGCUGCGCGUUCGUUGUCGCUUAAGGUGCGCAACCCGACGCGGUGGAAAAUCGUUGUGAAAAUUCGUGAAAAGUGUGCUCGAGACGGGUUGCUAUAAGUUGUUGGUUUCUUAAAUCAAAUACGCGUGUGUCAUGUGAAUUUGUGCCUCGAAAUGCAUUGCAGCACGCGCAUGCUGGGGCACUUUUUAUGCCUCAUAAAUUUGAUUUGUGCCCUUAUUGGCGUUCUACUCAUCUGGUAUGGGGCUUGGUUGCUGGGCAGCAUUGCAGAGCAACCUCUGGACCAUGGCGAGAACCUGGCAGCUGUGCUGUGCAUCUUGUUGGGCAUAGUCGUUGUUUUGGCCAGUAUUUAUGGCACAGUUAGUGUCGGUAUGGAGUCCAAGACAAUGUUGAUCAGUUAUGCGGUGCUUUUGGUGCUGCUCCUAAUCAUACAAUUGAUCAUGUUUAGUAUAAGCUAUGCGGCAAGUAGAGAUGCGUUGCCUGACGCUCUAAAGGAGGGUUUCGAGGACCUCUGGAAUCCCCAGCAUACCGGCAACAGCACACUCAACGCUUACGAAGAGUGGUUACAUUGCUGCGGCCGCAACAGUGCUGAGGACUACUUCCUGCUCGAUAAAGAGUUGCCCCAAAAUUGUUGUGUGGAACACGACUGUACGAGAGUCAUGAAUUUAUACCUAGAGGGUUGUGAGUUAAAGUUUAAGGAAUAUAUUAGCAAAAAAACAUCGAAUUUUAAUUCAAUAAGCUGGAUUUUGAUAAUAACGGAGUUUGUUGGCUCCGUGCUUGCUUGCUACCUGGUGGAUAGCAUACGAAAUCAUCGAGAUCGUGUACGAUUUUAUAGCUAAGUCUUACUGAUAAAUAAAUAUUUAUGUACUUAUAUUAAAUGAAAAAGCUUGAUGAAAGCAACGAAAUAAUUGUUUCUCAAAAUGUUAGUUUUAGGUUUUAUGCAAUGUGAUUAUGUGUAUGUUGUAAUUAAAACAUUAUUAACAAAUA